CAGCGCGCCCCGGGGCAGCUUCUCCGCGAGAUGCUGGGGCUUUUGAAGCGCCCGGUGGUGGUGACUGCCCACAUCAACCUGACCGUGGUGGCGCUGACGGCCGCCGGGCUGCUGAGCCGGCUGUGGCGCCUCACCUACCCCCGGGCCGUGGUCUUUGACGAAGUGUACUACGGACAGUACAUCUCCUUCUACAUGAAGCGGGUCUUCUUCCUGGACGGCAGCGGGCCCCCGUUCGGCCACAUGCUGCUGGCCCUGGGAGGUUAUUUAGGGGGAUUCGACGGUAACUUCUUGUGGAACAGAAUUGGAGCAGAAUACAGCAGCAACGUGCCCGUGUGCUCCCUGCGCCUGCUGCCCGCGCUGGCCGGGGCGCUGUCGGUGCCCCUGGCCUACCAGAUCGUGUGGGAGCUGGGCUUCUCCCACGGUGCCGCUGUGGGGGCCGCCCUGCUGCUGCUGAUAGAGAACUCGCUGAUCACUCAGUCGCGGCUGGUGCUCCUGGAGUCGGCGCUCAUCUUCUUUGACCUGCUGGCUGUGCUGUCCUACCUCAAGUUCUCCAGCGCCCAGAGACACAGGCCCUUCUCCCUGAGCUGGUGGUUCUGGCUGACGCUGACCGGAGUGGCCUGCUCCUGCGCCGUGGGCGUCAAGUACAUGGGCGUCUUCACAUACCUGCUGGUGCUCGGGGCCGCGGCCGUGCAGGCCUGGCACCUCGUGGGCGACCGGACCUUGUCCAACGUAGGUGCUGCCGUGGGCCGUGCAGCCGGGCGCGGGUGGGGGCGGCCCCACGGGAGCUGCAGCGCCCUCUCCCUGCAGGUGCGUGUGCUCUGCCACCUGCUGGCCAGAGCCGGGGCCCUGCUGGCCGUCCCCGUGGCCACGUACCUGCUGUUCUUCUAUGUCCACCUGAGGCUGCUCUACCGCUCUGGGCCCCACGACCAGAUCAUGUCCAGUGCCUUCCAGGCCAGCUUGGAGGGAGGCCUCGCCCGGAUCACGCAAGGCCAGCCGCUGGAGGUGGCCUACGGCUCCCAGGUCACGCUGAGGAGUGCCUUCGGCAAGCCCGUGCCCUGCUGGCUCCACUCGCACCAGAGCACCUACCCCGUGAUGUACGAGGACGGCCGAGGCAGCUCCCACCAGCAGCAGGUGACCUGUUACCCCUUCAAAGACGUCAACAACUGGUGGAUGGUGAAGGACCCCGGGAGGCACCAGCUGGUGGUGAGCAGCCCCCCGAGACCCGUGCGGCACGGUGACAUUGUGCAGCUGGUCCACGGCAUGACCACCCGCGUCCUCAACACGCACGACGUGGCGGCCCCCCUGACGCCCCACUCGCAGGAGGUGUCCUGCUACAUCGACUACAACAUCUCCAUGCCUGCGCAGAGCCUCUGGAGGCUGGACAUCGUGAACAGGGAGUCGGACGCGGAGGUCUGGAAGACCAUCCUGUCGGAGGUCCGCCUGGUGCACGUGAACACGUCUGCUGUCCUCAAGCUGAGUGGGGCGCACCUCCCGGACUGGGGCUUUCGGCAGCUGGAGGUGGUGGGGGAGAAGCCGCCGCGGGGUCAGCACGGGAGCACGGUGUGGAACGUGGAAGAGCACCGCUACGGCCAGAGCCAGGAGCAGAAGGAGCGGGAGCAGGAGCUGCACUCCCCCACGCAGGUGGACAUCAGCCGCAACCUGAGCUUCAUGGCCCGGUUCUCGGAGCUGCAGUGGAGGAUGCUGACAGUGCGAAGCGACGAGUCUGAGCACAAGUACAGCUCCACGCCGCUGGACUGGCUCACCCUGGACACCAACAUCGCUUACUGGCUGCACCCCAGGACCAGCGCGCAGAUCCACCUGCUGGGGAACGUCGUGAUCUGGGCCUCGGCCGGCCUGGCCACCCUGGCCUACCUGCUGCUCUUCCUCUGGUACCUGCUCAGGCGCCGCCGGGGCAUCCACGACCUGCCCGAGGGAGCCUGGCUGCGCUGGGUGCUGGCCGGGACCAUGUGUGCCGGGGGCUGGGCGGUCAACUACCUGCCCUUCUUCAUGAUGGAGAAGACGCUCUUCCUCUACCACUACCUGCCGGCACUCACCUUCCAGAUCCUGCUCCUCCCGGUGCUCCUGCAGCACAUCAGUGAGCACCUGUGCAGGUCCCGACCCCAGAGAAGCCUCUUCCACGCCCUGGUCGUCGCCUGGUUCUCGGCCGCCUGCCACGUCUUCAACACGUUGCGCCCGCUGACCUACGGGGACAAGCCACUAUCCCCCAGCGAACUCAAGGCCCUGCGCUGGCGAGAGAGCUGGGACAUCUUGAUCCGGAAAUACUAGCAGGACACAGACGGCUC